AGAUGAGUUUGACGGCAGCUCUGUGUGUGAACGUGGUGACAGUCAACAUGUUACUGAGUGUCUUCUUUCUUUCAGAUGUUUCAGCUGAUUAUGGAGAUAAAACAGCAGCAGAUCUCUUCAUCACUGCACCAAAGGAGAUGGAAGCACUGAGUGGAUCUUGUUUGUUAAUCCCCUGUAACUUUAGAGCUAAAGAAGGAACACAGUUUGACAGCAGCAGAGACAUCUACGGAGUCUGGAUUAAAAGUGACUCACAUUUUGCUGACAAACCAGACAAUGUAAUUUUCAACAGUAGUCAGUCAGUUAACAGCUACAAAAUGAAAAUGAUUGGAAACCUGAGAGAACAAAACUGCACCACUCUGUUCUCUGAUUUGGACAACAGUACAACAAAGAAAUACUUCUUCAGAAUUGAGAACGGACCUUUCAAGGCAACAGCUUGUGCUAAUCCUCUUCAGAUAACAGUCAGAGAUUUUCCGUGGAGUCCCAGAAUCAACAUCUCAGGUGAAGUGAAGGAGAAGAAGUCUGUCACUAUCAGCUGCUCAGCUUCCACUCCCUGUCCACACUCCCCUCCUCAACUCACCUGGAACCUCCAACAAAACUCUCACAGCCAAAUAGAGAAAAACACAGAUGGAACCUUUACAAGUAAAAUCCAGCAGAGCAUCACUCUGUCAGACUCACAUAAUGGAUUCAACAUCAGCUGCUCUGCCACAUAUCCUGUGGGUGAAGGAAAACAUGGAAAGACCAAAGAGACACAACUGACUCUCAAUGUUACAUAUGCCCCCAAAGAAACCUCAGCAUCCAUCAGUCCAUCAGGUUUGGUGUCAGCAGGUAGCUGGGUGAACCUGACCUGCUCCAGCAGAGCCAAUCCUCCUGUCAGCAGCUUCUCCUGGUUCUUAAAAACUGAAGAUGGAUCCAUGAGCCAAGUAGCUGAAGGACACUUUUACAGACACAAGAUGACCAACAUGACAGAAAAUUAUUAUUGCAACGCAACAAAUAUUCUUGGUAAUCAGAGAUCAUCAUGGAUUCAUUUGAAGAGUGAAGAAAGUUUUCCUCUUUCUACAAUCCUGGCUGGUAUUGUGAGUCCUGUCGUUGUUCUGAUCUUUCUUCUUCUCUGUGUUUGCUGCCUGAAGAGGAAAAACCCAACUCUACAACAGACUCAGAAUCAAACAGGUGAGGAGGAAGAAAUCCACUAUGGAGACAUCAAGUUCUCUGAUCAGAGACCUGCACCUUCAUCCGUCGGGGAACAGGACAGCGGAGAACAGCAGGAAACUGUGUACUCACAGAUCCAAGUGUCCAAACCAGAAAGCAGCUCAGAGCAGACUGCUGAAGACCUCCAGGAUCUCUAUGCUGAAGUCAACAAGAAAUGAGUUCUGUUUGGGGAUCAAAUACCUUCAGUUUGUUGCUUCAGCAAGAUGUUAGUUUCUGUUAAAAGACAAGAGAUGUUUACUGACCUGAGCUGAAUGACAGGAAACCUGCAGUUCACAGUUUCAUCAUUUUCAUGUCUGUUGUUGUGCUGCUGUAGUGUGAUCAGUAAUCUGGACAUUUGUGCAUCUGUCUGCACAAAAACUACCCAAAGCUGUAAACUGGGAGCUACAGUUGAAAUGGCACAAAUCUGCACCCACAUUUCCAGCAGAGAACAGGAUUUCAUGUUGGUUCAUGCAACUUUGUGAGAGUUUAUUUGCUUUUCUGCUGCACAUCCAGUUUAUUCCUUUAAUUCAAGUUACUGCAAAAAUUAAGGAGUCGCUGUUUCUGCUCUUGAAGAUGUUUAUUCAUUGCACUGUAAUAAAAACCUCGGCGUACAAUUUCUAAAAAUACCUAAUAAUCUCAGUGGCAUUUAUUGGUCCAACAUUUCACAUAUUGUGUUAAC